AUGGCCAACAUCAAAGAUCUGAGCAUCGUUGAGCACAAUGAAGAUGUGACAAAGCCGUUGCCAGCAGCAGGAGAUCAUGUUAUGGGAACGGUGAGGAUGACCCGAGACAACGAGGUUUAUCUGAUUCCAAUUCCUACUGCCGAUCCUCAGGCUCACGUUCUACUAGAUCCUCUCAACCUACCCAUGUGGCGAAAGAUUUUGAUCGUCACACUCUUAUCGACUUUCUCUGCAAUUUCCCUUUCUCUUAUCUCCGGAUUUGGUGGAUUGCUGGGAUUCUACGCCGAGGAAUACGCAGACGCUGGAAUAAACAAUGCUGAUAUCACGGGCCUUAUGACUUAUCCCUCAGCCUUUAUGGGCGCCGCCAAUUUGAUUGCCAUUCCCAUGUCACUGGCAAUCGGAAGACGUCCUGUCAUGUUGUUUUCGACAAUACUGCUGGUAGUUGGGUCAGUUCUAUGUGCAUGUGCGAAGAAUUACCGACAACACUUGGCGUUUCGCUUUAUCCUGGGUCUCGCAGCCGGCCAAUCGGAAGCCCUUGUUGGCAUGAUCACUCAAGAGAUCCAUUUUCUCCACGAGCGAGGUCGAGCGUUGAUGAUUCAGUCGGCAAUUCAAAUCGUGUUUUCAACUGUCUAUGUAAUUUUCGCUUCGCCAAUCGCCGGUGCAAUAGGCCCUAGCAAUUGGUAUUAUCUUGCAGCAGGUCUCUCGGGCGUCCAGUUUAUUUUGGCACUUAUAUUUUUGCCGGAGACAAAAUAUAAGAGACCUCUAAGCGCAUAUCAGCAUGGUUCUCUCCAUGAAUGGCAUAUGGGAUCUGAAGAAGAAGAGGAACUUCCCCCAGUCACGCAAUCCGAGAGGGCCCCGUUGGACUUUGAAAGAUACAGUCCACGGACUUGGCGCUCUGAUUUACGACUUCUUUCCGCCUCUCCUGAGUGGGACCAAGCCAUUGCAGCACUCAAGAGUAUAAUCGCACUCUUUCUGUUUCCCAAUGUUUUCUGGGCUUUCUGUUUGGCCGGUGCAACCCUGGGCAUCAACAUCGCUAUCGGUACUGCCUACAACAAAGUGGUCACAUCUCCCCCUUAUAACUGGCCCAGCAGCUCGGCCUCGUACGCCAAUACAGGCCAGAUUUUUGUGUCGUUGAUUGGGUUCCCAUUGUUUGGCUAUGGAUCCGACAAAUUUGUCAGCUGGAGAGCCAAACAUAACAAAGGUGUCCACGAGCCCGAAACACGGCUGGUCGUAUUGAUUCUACCGAUAUCUAUUGGAAUACUAUCUUGUAUUCUUUUUGGAGAAGCCGGCUCCCAUCCAGAUCGGUUUUCUUGGUUCGCUGUGGUCUUUGCAAACGCUGGCUACUAUUUCACCUUCAUUGGUUCCUAUAUUGCUUCCGCUACCUAUUUGCUGGAUGCAUACCCUGGGAAAGCCGGGCCUAUCUUUGUGAUCAUCUGUGCGCUACGAGGCUUCAUUGGAUUCGGAACAAGCUUCGGGAUGGACCAAUUCAUUGAAACUGCCGGAUACGAUGGGGCCUUUGGUGGAUAUGCUGGUGUGACUGCUGGAUGUGGUGCAGCAGGUGUCGUAGUUUACCUCUUUGGAAAGCGAAUCCGGGCUUUUACAGGCAAAUGGGCGGCGCCGAAAUGA